GGAGGGAGUGGAGAGACGCGGCGAGAGAGGCAUAGUAGGCGGCUGCUGCGAGAGGAGCCCGGCGAUUGCGCGCCGCUGCGAAGUGUUUUGCAGCCUUGGGGGACGCGCACGCACACUCCCUCGCAGGCGCUCUAGCGCACGGGGCUCUUCCUUGCAAAGUUUCGACUGCCAUCACACGCCAGGAUUUUCCUGCUCUGCUCCGCUGCUGCAACCUUGAACUUUGGCAGUGUGGUUGACAGUACCGUGGUGUAUCAUCCCGCUCGCACUUUGCUAAUCGAGGGGUGAAAAAAAGGCAACGCGAGGGAGGAAAAAGUCCUGUUUCUUCUUCUUCUGCCUCUUAACUCCCUGCAUUCCAUUCAACACCCCCUCCAAUUCCUCCACUCCCCCCUUCCCAGUUCACCAGCAGCGACUGCAGCAGCAAGACUGAGCCGCCGAGAACAAGAGGGUUAAAAGUGUAGAUUGGAUUUCACCCCGGGAAAUCUAGCGCUCUGAGUGAACUUGAAUCUUUGGCUAUUUAAGGAGGACUGGGGGGUUUGCUGCGAAGUUGUGGCUGCCCGAAGCGGAGCUCGCUCCGGAUUAACUUCAUUUUUAGCCUCCGUUGACUGUAAAAUAAACAGAUGAAAUCGCUGCCCUUUUGAUACUUUUCUCUCCGCAGAAGUGCGUUCUCAGAGCGAAGUCAUGAUGUAUUCUCCCAUCUGUCUCACUCAGGAUGAAUUUCACCCAUUUAUUGAGGCCCUUCUUCCACAUGUCCGUGCAAUCGCCUACACUUGGUUCAACCUUCAGGCUCGAAAACGCAAGUACUUUAAAAAACAUGAAAAGCGAAUGUCAAAGGAUGAGGAAAGAGCAGUCAAGGAUGAGCUACUCAGUGAAAAGCCUGAAAUUAAACAGAAGUGGGCAUCUAGGCUUCUCGCCAAGCUGCGCAAAGAUAUCCGCCAAGAGUAUCGGGAGGAUUUUGUGCUUACUGUUACUGGGAAGAAGCACCCAUGCUGUGUAUUGUCCAAUCCUGACCAGAAGGGUAAGAUUAGGAGGAUCGACUGCCUGCGACAGGCAGACAAAGUCUGGCGUCUGGAUCUAGUCAUGGUGAUCCUUUUCAAAGGUAUCCCCUUGGAAAGUACAGAUGGAGAACGACUUAUGAAAUCCCCCCAUUGCACAAAUCCAGCACUUUGCGUCCAGCCCCACCACAUAACAGUAUCAGUCAAGGAGCUUGAUUUGUUUUUGGCAUACUAUGUGCAGGAUCAAGAUUCUGGACAAUCAGGAAGUCCAAGCCACAAUGAUCCUGCCAAGAAUCCACCAGUGUAUCUUGAGGAUAGUUUUGUAAAAUCUGGAGUCUUCAAUGUGUCAGAACUGGUGCGGGUAUCCAGAACGCCUAUAACCCAGGGAACCGGAGUGAACUUCCCAAUUGGAGAACUUCCGAGCCAACCAUACUAUCAUGAUAUGAACUCAAGUGUAAACCUCCAGAGAUCACUGUCCUCUCCACCAACCAGUAAGAGACCCAAAACUAUAUCCAUAGAUGAGAAUAUGGAACCAAGCCCAACAGGGGACUUUUAUCCUUCCCCAAAUUCACCAGCUGCUGGAAGUAGGACAUGGCAUGAAAGAGAUCAAGUUACUUCAUCGUGUUCAUUUUCCUACGGUUCUCCUGCAUUCAUCGCAGACCAACAAUUAGAACCACAGCUUACCAUUAAAACUGAAGCACUUGGAUCCCCUUCACCUGUUCUUCCUCUACCACCUGCUCCACCUUGUGAUGAUGAAAGAGUGUCUUCUGCUGGAUUUCCCUCCUCUGGACCUUUGCCGUCUUUUGCUAUCUCCCCAACUUCUGGACUUGCUUUUCCUGGAAUUCCUUUGAUUACAGAUAUGUCUUCUCCUACAAUGAAGAAGCCUGAAAAGCCUUUGUUUAGCACUACAUCUCCCCAGGAUUCUUCACCAAGACUGACCACUUUCCAGCAUCACCAUCCAGGAAUCCCGGGAGUUGCACACAGUGUCAUCUCAACUAGACCUCCACCUUCACCUUCACCAUUGCCAUUUCCACCACAAGCUAUUCUUCCUCCUGCCCCAUCUAGCUACUUUUCCCAUCCAACAAUCAGAUAUCCUCCUCACCUGAAUCCUCAGGAUACUCUGAAGAAUUAUUCUUACGACCCGUCCAGUCCACAAACCAGCCAGCCUAACAGCAGUGGUCAAGUAGUAGGGAAAAUGCCUGGCCAUUUUACUCCAGUUUUGGCACCCUCUCCCCAUCACAGUACGGUGCGGCCUGUGACCCUGACCAUGACAGACACUAAACCCAUCACUACUUCCACUGAAGGUGAGGCAUCUUCACCUACAGCAAGCACCUACACAGCCUCAGGCACAUCACAAGCCAAUCGAUAUGUGGGACUAAGUCCAAGAGACUCUUCCUUCCUACACCAGCAACAGCUGAGGAUUUGUGACUGGACCAUGAAUCAAAACGGCAGGCAUUUAUACCCCAGUGCCAAUGAGGAUACAUUGGGAAUUACUUGGCAAAGUCCUGGUACCUGGGCUAGCUUGGUCCCCUUUCAAGUAUCAAACAGGACACCAAUCCUGUCCACAAAUGUUCAAAAUUAUGGUUUGAACCUAAUUGGAGAGCCUUUCCUUCAAGCAGAAACAAGCAACUGAGGGAGAUUGAAACUGAACAAAAUACUAUAAAAGAAAGGAAGAUGGGACAAAACAAUAUAUAUGAACCUGAAGAAAGAAGAAACAUAGACCAGCAAUUGCAGCACUUACAAUCACUAAUUCCCUUAAGAUUGAAACUGUUAAUGGCAUAAAAAAGGGUCGACAAUAUUUCACUGAUGAGUAGAAAGAUGCUCCUCCUAUGUAGCCUUUGUUCUAUGAAGUCCACUGGGAAAUAGAUGUUCUGUCUCUGACAAUAUAUUUUAACUGACUUUCUAGAUGCCUUAAUAUUUGCAUGAUAAGCUAGUUUAUUGGUUUAGUAUUCUUGUUGUUUACGCAUGGGAUCACUAUUCCUAGUUAGCUCUCAAAACAAAGGCUAGGAGGCAGCAGCCGAGCUGCAGGAGAAUAAGGGCUGUGAGCCGACUUUUCUCAGCACUCUGAUUUCUGAUUUUUUUUUCAAGGAAAAAAGUAGCCUUUAGUUAUCAAUCAAAAUUUAUUUAACUUUGGCCCUUAACCCAGCCUUUCCCUAGUGUGUUACCCAGUUUGAAAUGUUCAGGAUAUCAUUUAAAUAAACAGUCAUUUUAUAGAAUCAAUACCUCCCUUGAGGUUUAAAAAAAGUGUUAUCUUCUCAUAUGACAGUAAAAACAAAAAGAGAAAUACACUAAAAAAAAUUCCCCACUAAGGAAAACACUUAGAGGCAAGUGCAAUUUAAAAAUUAUAUCUAAGGGGAUCAUCGUUAUAAGUCCUUCUGCCCUUGGACUCUAAAUUGAGGGAAUUAAAAAAAAAAAAGAAUUUCAAAAAUAUUUGGAGCAAAUUUAUUUCCCUCUCAGUUUUGAAGGGAGGAUAUUAAAAGGCAUUAAUUAAAUCAAGACAAAUCAUGUACUUGAGAACAAGAAAUGAAUUGAAACAGAGCACUUAUGUUGAUUUAGCUUCUGAAUCCUUUGAGGUAUUUUAUUUAUUUAAAGUUACUGGUUGGAUCAAGAACCCACAGAGAGUAUGAAAGGUUCUAUAAAACCUACAUCACAGAGACAGAGAGAGGUAAAUCCAUGUCACAAGGGCAAAGCUUAUGGCUUUUGGGGGGAGGGGUAAAAUAUAUUUUUAAAAAAUGCACUCUUUCAAUAAAGCCUAAUGACAGGGUGCUGAAAACUUGCAUGGUGCUCUCAGAAAUUAGCUUUGUUUGACAGAUUUCUCAUAUUGACAGUAAUGUGCAUGGGCGGAUACAUUUUGCCUCUACGUCUCUAUAAAAAAUUAAUUAAAACUAUCCAGUAAUCCUAAUUUGCACGAAGUUAUAAUGUCCACAUAACGUGCCUUGCCUUGAAAUCUAAAAAGUGACAUCACUACACUUGUUUUGCUGCAUUUAUUAUCAUUUUAAAUCUUUACCAUUUUUAUGACAAAAUAUUUUGUACUUCAGAUGGGAAAACGAAAAAAAAAAGUGACAUCAUGGAUUUUUUAAGCAGUUAUAACUUUAUCUCACAUUUAUAAAGCAUAUCAUGGCUGUGUAUAGUUGCCGCUUAAAAAUUGUAAUCGACCAGCAAUA